AUGUCAAUUCUCAUUUACAGAUUUAGUGCCUUACCUGUAGCUGCUAAGGUGACAAUCAAACUUGGGCAGCUGUCUUCUCCCAAAAUCAAGCCUGGAAAAACCACAGAAGAGAGAGGUGAGGACCUUGCUCUGAGGGGCCCUGUUUCAUGUAAGGAGAGGGGAGGGGGCCCAGGCCCUGGCAGGCAUCCAGAGGAGGAUCUUGAGGCAAGAGGGGAAGACCUUGGUCUGGUGGGCGUGCCUGAGUUCAGCAGCGGGAGGAGGUCUCAGGGAGGUGAAGGCCUUGGUGUGAGUGAGAAGACAGGUCAGCUGAAGGAGUCACGUCAGGUCGGAAGAAAGAAGAGUCCCAAGCUCUACCAGAGUCAAAGUAAGGACCCUUGGAAUGUGACCUCUUGCCUUAGGCUAGCAGAGGCACAGGAGGAGAGGGCACAAGACUUGUUAGAGGAAAGGCCCGUGGGAUCCCAUCUCCCACCAUCCUGCUUACACUUCUACCUGCUGCCUCCAACAAGAGUCAUCAUGCCUCGCUCUCCAAAGCAUCCGUGCCUCACAUUUGAGCCUGGCUUUCAGACGCUAAGUGACGUACAAGGCCUGCUGAUAGCCUCAGUAGGCACCAGAUCCUUGCUCAGAGAACUGCAGGAUGAAAAGGUGGCUGAUUUGUUGCAUUUCAUGGUCCUCAAAUAUCGACUGAAGGAGCCCUUCACAAAGGCAGAAAUGCUAAAAGUUGUCGGCAAAAAGUACAAAAACCAAUUUUCUGUGAUCUUCAAGAAAGCUUCUAAGCGCCUAGAGGUGAUCUCCGGCAUUGAUGUGAAGGAAGUGGACCCCAAAAUCCACUCCUAUGUCCUUGUCAACUCAUUAGACCUCACCCAUGAUGAGAUGCUUAGUGAUGACCAGAGCAUGCCUAAAAAUGGCCUCCUGGUAAUCAUCCUGGGUGUGAUUUUCAUAGAGGGCAACUGUGCCCCUGAGGAAAACAUCUGGGAUUUCUUGAAUAUGUUAGGCGUGUAUGCUGGGAGGAAGCACUUCAUUUUUGGGGAGCCCAGGAAGCUCAUCACCAGAGAUUGGGUGCAGGAGAAUUAUUUGGAGUACCGGAAGGUGCCUAAUAGUGAUCCUCCACGGUACGAAUUCCUGUGGGGUCCAAGGGCCUAUGCUGAAACCAGCAAGCUGAAAGUUCUGGAAUUUUUGGCCAAGAUCAAAGGAACUGACCCCAUUUCCUUCUCAUACUGGUAUGAGGAGGCUUUAAGAGAUGACGAAGAGAGUCGGGGCCACAGUUGGCCCCUUGGAUAG